CGGGCCAGCCGGGGCUACAGCUUACAACUACGACCUUUGAGGCCAAAAUCAAACCGCAUAAACUGGUGUCUUUGGUGUUGAUGUGGAUGGAAUGGAGUUGGUAUCAGUGAAGGAGGGAGAUUCAGUGACUCUAAAUUCUGGUCUUACUGAAAUGACGGAUGAAGAUCUGAUUCUGUGGAGGUUUGGAUCUGAAAACACUUUAAUAGCUCAAAUCAAUGUAAUGGCCGGCAGCAUCACUGUAUAUGAUGAUGAUCUUGAUGGGAGAUUCAGAGACAGACUGAAGCUGAAUGAUCAAACUGGAUCUCUGAGCAUCACAAACACCAGAACUGAACACGCUGGACUCUAUAAACUACAGACCAACAGUGUGAGCAAGAGUUUCAGUCUCACUGUCCAUGGUGAGUUAUCAUCUGUGUCAGUGAUGGAGGGAGAUUCUGUCACUCUACACCCUGAUGUUACUCAAAUACGUGAUGAUGAUUAUAUACUGUGGAAACUUGGAGCUGAAAAAUCUAUUAUAGCUCAAAUCAGAAGAGAUUUUGGAAUCUUCAACACAUUUGAUGGUACUGAUGGGAGAUUCAGAGACAGACUGAAGCUGGACAAACAGACUUUAUCUCUGACCAUCACAAACAUCACAACUCAACAUGCUGGAGUUUAUCAACUAGAAAUACAUAGAGUGAAACUCGUGUUCAGUUGUGAUGUCUGUGAUGAUCAGAGAUCCAUGUCAGUGCUGGAGGGAGAUUCAGUCACUCUAGACUCUGAUCUUACUGAAAUAAUGGAUGAUGAUCUGAUUCUGUGGAGGUUUGGAUAUAACAAGACUUUAAUAGCUGAAAUCAAUGUAAUGGCCGACAGCAUCAUUGUAUAUGAUGAUGUUCUUGAAGAGAGAUUCAGAGACAGACUGAAGCUGGACGAUCAAACUGCAUCUCUGAUCAUCACAAACGCCACAACUCAACAUAAUGGACAUUAUCAACUAAAGACCAACAGUGUGAUCAAGAAUUUCAGUCUCACUGUCCAUGCUCGUCUGCCUGUUCCUGUCAUCAGCAGAGACUCUUCACAAUGUUCUUCAUCAUCAUCAUCAUCAACACCAUCAUAUUGUUCAUUGGUGUGUUCAGUGGUGAAUGUGGGUCAUGUGACUCUCUCCUGGUACAAAGGAAACAGUUUAUUGUCCAGCAUCAGUGUGUCUGAUCUCAGCAUCAGUCUCUCUCUACCUCUGGAGGUGGAAUAUCAGGAUAAAAACCGCUACAGCUGUGUACUCAACAAUCCCAUCAGCAACCAGACCACACAUCUGGACAUCACUCAACUCUGUCAACCAUGUUCAGGCUCUCUGUCUCUGAUAGUGUUGAUAUUUUUUUCUGCUGUUGCUGGAUCUCUGUUGAUUGUGGCUGCAUUCGGGAUAUUUCUCACGUGCAGGAAAUGUAGAAAAACUGAUCAAAAAGUUGAGACUCCUGAAGAGAUCACUUACAUUGAGCCAACAUUCAACAACAGAAAAGUGCAUAAGACAGUAAGGUUUAUUCCAAAGAAUGUUAAAGAGGAAGCUCAAGUAGAGUAUGCACCGAUCGCCAUGAGAAGAUCAAAUAUACCAGACCUGCAAAAUCCUGCGACAGCCAUUACAACUCCUGCUGACAACAAGUUCUUUCAAACUUGUAGAUGAGUUUUGGGAUUGUUGACAAUCACUACACAUGCAGUAGCUACCUUAAGUCCUGUUCACACCGGCAGUGACUAAAACCCCCUUUCCGCUUUCUCCGACAAAUGACGGACACUGUAUGCAGAAUUUCUGGACCUGUUUUGAGCUUUGAAAUAUUUACUGAGUACUGUGUAUUCAGACAUACUUCUUUUGUCACAUAACAGGGAAGUACGUGAUUUUGGACGCAGCCAUUCAGUUCCACAAAUCCAUGUUUUUAUACCAGUAAAAAGUCUUCUCUUG